AGUAGGUGCCAGUACUGCGCUCUGUAGCGGAACACAAGAAGAAGACAGUGCCCAUUUGCUUGUGUUGGGGGAACCCCAUUCUGACGAAGAGAGUGAAUCAUGGAUGAUGAUGAGGUUGCCGAGAGCUGGGAGGAGGCAGCAGACAGUGGGGAAAUGGAGAGAAGACUGGAAGAGAAGCUAAGAAUCAGUCAAAAAGAGAGGAUGUCGGGUGGGAAUGCAGUGCGGUCUCCAAUGAAAACAGCCAUUGUUAUCCAAGAUGACUCCCUUCCCGCCGCUCCCCCACCUCAGAUAAGAAUCCUCAAGCGGCCCUCUAGCAACGGAUCCCUAGGGUCUUCACUGACGCAGACACGCCCAGCCCCACAGGUGAAGUCUCUAGCCCAGCGGGAAGCGGAGUAUGCCGAAGCUCGGAAGAGAAUCCUGGGCAGCGCCACCCCAGACGACACACCACCACAGGAAAGGCCUAAUGCUGACAGAUCACCAAGAAUAAACACCACUCCGUCAGACGAUACCCGAUCAAACAAUCACGUGGUCCGCCAGCCAGCUGGCCCAGAUGGUACACAAGGCUUUCGGCAGCGUAGAUAGGAAUACAGGUCUCUGCUAAGGAGACUCAAGGAGGACAAAUGGGGGGGUCAGGAUCUUUGGGGGAGGGCUUUUGUUUUGUUUUUUAAAGGAGAAUUUGACAUUUAUCUGUAACAUAAGGAUGCGUGGUCUCUUACCACCCCGCAUGGCGUUUUUU